GUCAAUUUCAUGUCCAAAAUUGACCAAAAAAUACAAAAAUUUAAAUGAAUUAAAACUAUUGUUUUCAUUCUUUACAAUAUCUAGAAGUAUAUCUAGAAAGAUGCUGAAAUUCAGCGGUUCAAUUAUUUGGAGGUUAGGAGGUCGAACUAUCACAAGGACGUACUCCAGUUCUGGAGCUGCUAUACAUAAAGGUAACCAAUUGGAUGCCUCUGAAAGCAGUCCUGACAAGAAUUUUAAGCCAGUCGUUGAUGAGGAUAAAGAAAAUUCAGGUUUAGUAGCAGCAGUAUUUGCAUCUCUCAGCAAUCCAGAAUCGGUAGUACAGAAACCAAGCCCGAAAUCUUUAAAGCAGAACAGGGUUCAGCAACUGGAUUCUGAGAUCCUGAAAGCUACAGAUGUAGAUAGCCUGUUGGUUGUAGCUGAAAACUCAACUGUAUCCCGACGUCAUGCUUUGAAGAUGGUAUCAGUUCUAUCAGAAUGGUCAAGUAACAACAAAGUGAAAAUAUCAGACUUUGAGAAGGACCCUAGAUUCCUAAAACUAUGUCGGAUACUAGCCAGGACCCCGACAACAGCGCAGGCCAUGACAUCUUUGACCAUGGCUGAGGAUCUCAGCACAGUGCUGGGUAUCACCGGUGAUGAUGAAGCGGCCAGGUUGAUAUCCAAUUUGACACUGCCACAGAUGAUUAAGGUAAUGAAGGCGCUGCAUUCUAAAAGCCGGCGUAGCACACCUCUACUGCGCGCUUUAUCACACAAUAUAAAUAAAACCAGUGAAAUCAUAGACCUCAAGAAGUCUGCCGACCUCCUUUUCUCUAUGGUAUCACUAAAUUUUCCUGAUCCUGUCCUUCUGGAUAGAAUAUGCAAUGACGUCAUAGAAUGCUUGCCAUCAAACAACGAAAAGCCGGCAGUGGUGAAUUCUAUCAUAGUCUCCCUUGGACUACUCAAGUACAGGCACGAGGCUGCGUUAACUGCUGUAUCAGACUGGAUCCAGAAGAACAACACCAUCUGCAGACCUGGAGAUGUCGCGUCUGCUGUUAUCACAUUUGCAACUCUUGACUUCGUUCCGCCGCAGAGUGAGCAGCUAUUUGAGACGGCAGUAUCACUUAAAGAAGAUGAGAUGGUUAAAGCUUCCAUAUGGCUGGACUUAACAUUCUCCUUACUGACAUUAAACAAAGCUGAGAAGCAUCACUUAGUCUCAACACUUCGUCCAGAAUUCAUAGACAAAUUAUUAUCUUCUGGCGAGAUUCCAAUUCCAUCGCGUCGCAAGCUGAUGGUCAUUGACGCCUACGUGGGUCUGACAUACCCCGGCUCCCCUCGACUACCCGAAGAUAUAUCAGUUGGUGUGCCCCUGGUCUACACUAAGGAGAAGACAGCGUACAUCCAGAGUAUUAUGGACACCUUCAAGAGCCUCGUCUCGGCAGAGACUUUUUUGAAGAAGGAAUGCAAUUCGAGCAUGGGAUUUUUGUAUGAUGGAGAGUUCGCUGUGGACUCCAAAUGUCAUCCAGUACCUUUACAAAAAGCUGCGAGUCAUAAAAGCGUGUUCCGGAUAGCAGUACUAGGUUUGGAUUACCACGACAUGACGCGGAAGUCCGUACACCCAUUAGGCAUCAACCAGCUGUAUUCAAGACUAUUGGAAGUAAAGGGAUUCAAAGUAUUACAAGUCCCAUACACAGAGUACAAUCCUAAAGACAAGCUCGUCGCCCGAGUGGAGUACAUAGAGAAGAAAUUAAAACAGAUCAUCAGCAGUACGCCCGCGUCGUAGGCACGGUUAGUUAGUUAUAUUGUUUAAACUGUGACAUUGUACAGAGUGUAUUCCGUGACAGCGUGGGUAAAGGGGAUAUCCGUAAACUACGUCACAGAUAAGGGCAAAGUGU